AUGACCGAAAAGACGGAAGUGACUGAGGUGCAAGACACGCUACUUCAUUUCCUUGCAGAGAGCCCAAAGAAAGACAAAUGGUUCAGCUUCCUCGUCGGAAACAUUAUCAACGUGCGUCCAAACCUCGUGGGGCAUCUGAACAGACGAAAGCAGAGCUCGUUGUAUGUAGCGAUCAAGCAGCAGAACAAACAGUACCUGGAAGGGCUCAGGGUUGUGGCCAAGAACUUUGUGAAAAGGCCUGACCUACAGCAGGCAAUUAGGGAAAGUCUGCAAAGUGAGUGCGUGCGAGGGGGGGCAGAUACCUUUCUUCACGAGGCGAUGAGCUCUCAGAGUGUACCCCUCUCUGACAAGAAGUUGCUCAUCAGCAUCACUCCUCUGGACGGCUUUUGCUCCAUCGAUAGCAAUGGACUCACGCCAAUUCACCAUGCAGUUGCCUAUGAGAACUGCUUUAUCGACCAGGACCAGGAAGAGCCUAGCAAAGGCUGGCGGCAGUGUCAGAGGGAAAAUGCCUCGAGCCGGUCAUAUCCCUCGGAUGAACGACCCCCCGAAAGGGACACAGAAACGAACAGAGCGACAAAAGGUCUCCCCAAACGACCCUCAAAAGAGGUCACACUGGAAGUUGCGAUUCCGGAACGACCCUCUGUUCAAUACCAAGCAAACAUCACAGAGCGACGCACAACAACCGCGAUCCCGGGUGGCCUGCUCAAACGUAGCUCGACACUGCAUCCUGAUGAAAUGGAAAACGUUGUGGAUGGAGCGGAAAACCCAAAGGAGGAUACAGAGUGGGAUGAGAUCGCAGAGCGGGAUCAGGUCGCAGAUCGUGUCAGGGACCAUCUGAAGCUAUGGUAUCUUCGGCGCAAAACGCCCAAGGAAGUGGUCCGUCACCUCAAAGGGCGUGGCACAAAACAUAACACUUUCUGGUUUGACUAUGGCCCCAGCCCUGCGAAGGGUUACACGCUUACCUCCAAAGAGUUUCGCAAGAAUUUCAUCGAUAUCGCAUUAGAGCCUAUCUUAAAAUACGUUGCCUUCCCAGAAAUGUCCAUCAACCUCAAUAUGAGUGAGGACGAAGCACUGCGCGACAAGAGGAAUGUCAUUGGGCGCAACGACAUGGUAUUUUUCUUCAAUUGGCUUCGGGAAAGAAAAGUCAAGCAAGUCCUUAACGUCUGCGUCGAGGACUUGAACAAUCCGCAUCCCGAUGAAGCCAUUGAAGAAGCUCUCGAAGGGUUCAAGGUCGAGGGGCUCGAUUGGAAAAAAAUGGAUUUAUGCCCUGAUUGCAUAGUUCGCGUCGGUGGAUCGAUCCAGACGCUCCAUCUACAAUGGAGCGGAAACAAUGUCGCCCUCAGGGCAUGGAGCGCUCCCGAAGGACUUGCAAAAUUGCCGGCGCUGAAAAACCUCAUUAUUCAUCGACGUAAGAAAACCGAUUCGCCUGAGCGAGAACAGUACAACGAGAAUGCGUUCGAAUGCCACUUUCAAACGAGUUGGAAUUCUAGAAAUCUGGAGGGCAAUGGCAAAGAUCCCACCAAGAAGACAAUGCCUAAGAUUAAAUGGCAGCCCAAUUAUAUUCCGAACACGACGGGGGCAACUGGAGAGGACUUGGCCGGGUCGACCGGACAAGGCAUCCAUGAUACCGAUGCCUGGAUCAAAAGCCUGGAGAUGUUUCGAUCACGUUUCCCAAGGCCGCGUGAUCUUCCAUCGAGCUUGAGCGGCAAGGGCCUAGAGGGACCAAUCGUCGUAGGUCUGAUUGAUGACGGUGUUAAUACGGGGCACCCAGACCUUACCACCUACAAAUUUACGGGAACUAGCUUCCACGAAUACGAUGAUGAUCAGAAGAUCCGGCCAUUCUGGGACUCGACUGCUGGACAUGGAACCGUAAUGGCCCGUAUGAUUCAUCGCAUUGCUCCGAACGUUCGGCUGCACGUCUGUCGGCUCCAGACUCAUUUUUCGGAGAAUGAAACAGACGUAAAGAUUGACCCGCAAAGCGCAGUGGAUGCCAUCCAUGAUUGUAUCAACAGCGGGGUUCAUGUUAUCUCCAUCUCAUGGACCAUACCCCCACCAGAAUCGCAAUCAUUGCGGAAGGAGUUCAGCGAUGCAAUCACAGAGGCCAUCCAGAGAGAUAUCCUCGUCUUCUGUUCGGUCAGCGACCAAGGGAAACGAGCGGAUGAUACUUAUCCACUGAAUUGUGGCUCCAGUGGCAUCUUCCGCAUCGGGGCCGCCAAGGCCUCGGGCGAAAUCUGGGGAAACGUAGGGGAGCCAGACAAGCUUGACUUCGCUUUUCCCGGAUACGAGGUCAUGACCAAGGAUCCUGCAAUAUCCGGCGCCAUUGAGAAGUUCACCGCUCAUACAGGCUCCUCUGUGGCCACCGCCAUUGCUAGUGGCUUUGCAGCAUUAAUUAUGGAGUGGAUUCGCGUCGGCUGUGUGUAUGAAUUGGAGAACUCCGAGGAUCCUCGCCUUGACAUCUCGGACUGGGAGAAGAUCCACCAACGGGACGGCAUGGCAGCAGCCUUCAGGAGCAUCAGAGCCAAGACAAGAUCAGACGGGAAGUUCAUCGCCGUCGAGAAGGUAUUCAUGGACUACGCCAAGGAGCUCGAGGGUCAAGACAGAGAUGGAAAGGCCCGGCAUCUUUCAAAGUUAGCGCAGCAACUACUGUAG